CGCGUCCCGCCCCGCCCCCUCCCUCGCAGGGGCUGCGUCAAGUGGGGACCCUGCCUUCCCUUCGCGGCGCUGGCGGCGACGUCCAGGCCCCCGGGGUGUAGGAGUGAGUCAGGUCCACGUUCAGCCAUAGUUGGAGGGAAGUUGAUCUGCCUUGUCGGAAACAAAUCCAUUUUCGGCCUCAUUGGGCCGCAGGAAUCCUCCUUGAAGCACCACGCCCCUCCCCCCGCACUUUCUUUGUUUGCUUUGUGCACUAAAGAGGAGGUGAUACUCAGCGGGGCUUUGAAGGAUGAUUAGGAGUUUGCCAAAAGGGGGAAGGAUGACAAUUGGAGGUGGGAACAGGAAUCCCGUGUUUGGGGAGUUUGUAGGCUUCCAUCCCGAGGAGGGGCAUGUUUGGAGACCUAGGCAGGGACAGGUGGGGGUAGAGGGCACCGGUGCUGGGCCCAGGAGCACAGACAUCCCCAAGCAGGCUUCAGGGGGCCCCCGGAGGUUCUGAUGUGAGACGUGAAAGCCCAGCGAGUCUAGCGAGCUUUCCUCAGUCCCUAUUGUGCCCCCACCCCAUGUCCCAGAGCCACUCUUCAAGGCAGACGGCAUCUGUGGAUUAAGCCACGGCCCAAGAUUGUAAGCUUCAUCCCUCCAGAUGGCAUCUUUAAAAUAGUAUUUUACGUCCUAAUAUGGAGAUGGGUUUAAGCGUUUGCUUUUCCCUUUUGGUGUUUUUGAUUUGAAUGCAGUGUGAGUGUUACUUAAAAAUGUAACUUUGAAAGCGGCUCCCCAGACCACAGGCAGCGUGCUGAGACAAGUGUCCGGCGCAGAGGGAGCGUGCGGGCCCCUCCCCAGCCGCGCACCUUCCCCGAGUCCGCAGACAGCGGGCGGGCUUGGCGGCAGUGGUGGUGAGCCGUCAGGUGCCAUUUGAUUCAUUUCGAAACCAGCCGCCUUCAUUUGAAUGCAAGUAUCGUUCUUAUCGCGUAAUUUUUGUCACACGGCUCCGUGGUGAGCAUGGGGCUGAGCAUGGCUGGGCCGUGUGCUUCCCACUGUGUGUGCUGGGCGGUUCUCACAGGAGCCGAAGGCUUAGACGGCUGAGGAAAACUCGGAAAAACCAGUGAACGUUCCAGGCUGGGCCUGUUUUGACUCUAGAAUCUGUGCUGUCAACCAGCAGCCCGGUUAGGACGUGACAGACGUCAUCUUCCUGGUGUUGGGUGUGUGUCCGGAGAGGGCCGUGGUUACCCUAGGUAACCUACGUGGUCUGGCCUGGGGACCUGGUGGUCAGAGCACUGAGUGGCUUCUGCUGGGUCUCCGCCUGGGCCCCGGCCCCCCGGAGGGAGCCGAGCUGGCGUGGCCUGCCCGGGAGAAGGCGUCUGGGCCUCAGAACUCAGGUCUCCGCGCUCUCGGCCGGGAUUUUUUCACAUUGCUGCGCGGUGGUGCUGGCCGCGUGGCGUUGGUUAAUCGAGAUAGGGAGAAACCCGUGGCCGGACUGCAUUUACUGGGCGGCCACAUCACUCCAGGCUGUGCCACCGGCAGUGAUGGGGGGCCCCGUGGCCAAGGGGGCUGGUGGUUGGAAGGCGUGGCCUCUUUUCCUGAGGUAGCUGUUGGUCUCUCUGCACCUGGGCCUGCUCAGGACACAGUCAUCUGACCUGACCUCGUUCCUUCUGCUUGUUCAAGGCAGGGCCUUGCUCCCCUUGGCCUUGGAGAUUUUAGCUCUGUAUUGAAUGGCUCGAUGAUGGGUGGUUUUGGGAGCACAUAAAAGCUGUUUUGAAGGGGUGGCCCCAUGUUCCCACAUGUUCAGUGGGAGAAAAAAUUAGUGCAGCUUCUCUGGAGGCCACUCUGGCAGCGUUUACCCAGUUAAAAGUCAUUUGGGUUGUGAGGCUCCGUGGUGAGCAGGCAGGGCCCCUUCUCAGCGUCUGUUCCACAGACGCCCCCGUGUGAGCACAGCUACGUGUCCCUGAGCCUCCCUCCCUGCAGGUCACCUGGCAGGCUCCCCGUCCCCCGAGCUCCAGCCACCUGCCCCACCCUGCCUCGGGACACCCGUCCCCACGCGGAGCCAGGCGGUCUUGCCACCUCCCAGCGCUGGGACACUGGGGCCAGGUCACUGCUGCCGGACGCCAGCCCUGCGGUGCUCUGAGGGCCAGCGCAGCGGGCGUUCCAGCUGCUUCUGUGAGGACUUCAUCAUUGUCCCCAUGAGCCUUCCGUGAACCACUAGGUUUAAUUGCGAGAAGAAGGCUAUCUCAUUUUUAUUUGCCUCUGUCAUUUUGAGACACUAAAGAGCUACAGAAAAUUACAGACACCCUGUAGGUCCACCAUCCAGAACAAAUAAUUUUAAUAUUCUCCUCUUUUUUUCUAUGUUUUUUCCUUUUCCUUUUUUGUACCAAAGAAAGUGUUAAUGCUGAGGUUGAAAUACCUCCAUUUGAAAAUAUAAAUGUCAUUUAUUAGACUUUUAAAAUCUGAUUACAGAAGUCGUACGUGCUCAUUGCAGAAAAUCUGGAGCAAAUUGAGCAGCGCUAAGAAGAACACGAAAGCCACCUGUGGCCCUGCUGCCUCGUGUCCACCUGGAGGCUCACCUUCCUGUCUCUGGAGGGACGUCCCUCCCCUGAGCAGCGCUGCGGGGGCGGGUGCAGUCGGGCCGUGGCCCAGCCCCACACGCGUGUGUGUGCCCUGGCCUCCUCAGACCUUCCGGACCACCUGGCUUAGCCCCAGUUUUUCAGUAGCAGAAAUAACCCUGCAGUGAACACGCCACAGUGAACCCUUAUGUACACGGCUGAUUAUUUCCUUAGGAUACAUUUAAAAGACAAAACCGUGGGAACAGAGGGCUUGCAUUUCCUGUUUUCAUGUCGCAUCUAGAAGGGACUGCUGAGUGCCCUCUUUGGACGGCUAGGGACUAGGCUGGGGGUGCCGCCCAGUUAAUGUGUGGUGUCUCUUGGGGCAGCUCCCAGCACGGACUUGGCCUUCCCUGCCCAGGGCCUUCCUCACCACCUGUGGUGUCUCAGAGUGGGUCGGUGUGCUGCAGCCAGCCGGGCCUGGGUCUCGAUGCUGUUUCUCCAGUUGCUCUGUGGCCUUGGGCAGGUGGCUUCACCUCUCUGUUUUUCUUGGAGGUGCUGCUCUGACUGUCUGCCCCCGGCAUCCAUCCCCAGCCCACUGUGGAUUCGCUGCUGUGGAGUCAGAAGUCAGCCCUCCCACCCCUAGCCAGGGAGGGAGGGGAAGUGGCGGUCAGCCUGUCUUCCAGUUUUCAUUUCAAGUUCUCAGACCCCAGCUUCUCUCUGACUGGCCCCCCUCAGUGUGGUCCAGUCCCUGGGGCCCCAGGGGGAGCAGGCAGAAAGCUUGCCCUUCCUAGGCCCCUCAUGGGGUGUCUGGGCAGAGGAAGGCUGAGCCAGUGGGUCUCGCUGGCAGCAGCUGUGACAUUGCCUGUGAAGCCCUGUGAGGCCUGCCAGGCAGAGGGGUGGGAGCAGCAGCCACUCCUGGCUGUCCGUCUGUCUGUCCUCCACGGCACCCAGUGCCUGAGUGCUGUGCUCCUCAACACCCCAGAAAAUGCUGUCACUUCAGCGGGCACCCCCGAACAUCUGUCUUGCGUGGUCACCAACAAGACUCAGGCCUCGGGCCGUAACCCAGAAACGUUGUGCGCAAGUUAAUGAAGGAGACGGAAGAGUGAGGCUUGUCGGGGAGAGGAUGCGCUGAGCCCGGGAGAAGCAGCCUCCUGGCAGCAGACAGGUUCCUAGGAGUCCAUGGCUCGGCACGUGUUCCAGAGCAGAAGCGAGCCCAGUGUCUGUUCCGCUCGCCGGAAUCUCCAGGCCCCGCUGCUGGCGGGGAGGGAACACAGCCAGCCCUUGAACCGGGCAGGGGUCGGGUGGGCGUUAGGGCGACCCCACAGCCGAAAAUCCGAGUAGCUUCACAGCCGGCCCUUCCUGCACACCCCCGCCCUCCGUAUUCACACUCGUGUACCGGCACUUGGCGUCUGCGGCUGCGACGCUGCCCCGCGUGGUGAUGUCCCUCCGGCGCCUGGCCUGGGCCUGGCCUGGGCCAUGUUGGUGGCCAGCCCCCCGGAGGUGCAGAGGACGUGGCGCCCUGCACACGGCCCCGGCCACGCGCUCCGACAGCAGCACGCUGGGCUUCCGCCGCGCCCUGGGCUUCGGGGACAGGAUCGCCCUCGUCGACCAGCACGGCAGCCACACAUACAAGGACCUCUACUCCCGCAGCCUCUGCCUGUCCCGGGAGAUCUGCCGGCUCCGUGGCUGUGCCGACAGGGACCUCCGGGAGGAGAGGGUGUCCCUCCUGUGCAGCAAUGACAUCUCCUUCGUCGUGGCGCAGUGGGCCACGUGGAUGAGCGGCGGCAUCGCCGUCCCCCUCUGCAGGAAGCACCCCCAGGCCCAGCUGGAGUAUUUCAUCCAGGACUCGCGCAGCUCCGUGGUCCUCGCCGGCCCGGAGCACGUGGAGCUCCUGAGCCCGGUGGUCCAGAAGCUGGGGGUCCCGCUCCUGCCUCUCCCGCCCGCAGUCUACCACGGGGCAGCCGAGGACCCCGGGGAAGGCUGGCUGCCAGAGUGGGACCGGAGAGACCGGGGCGCCAUGAUCAUCUACACCAGCGGGACCACGGGGAGACCCAAGGGCGUCCUGAGCACGCAUCAGAACAUCAGGGCCGUGGUGACGGGGCUGGUCCGCAAAUGGGCCUGGACAAAGGACGACGUGAUCCUCCACAUCCUCCCGCUGCACCAUGUCCACGGCGUGGUCAACAAGCUGCUCUGUCCGCUCUGGGUGGGCGCCACCUGCGUGAUGCUCCCCGAGUUCAGCGCUCAGCUGGUUUGGGAAAAGUUCUUAAGCUCUGAAACUCCACGGAUUAAUGUGUUUAUGGCAGUGCCUACCAUAUACAGCAAGUUGAUGGACUAUUACGACAAACAUUUUACCCACCCUCAUGUCCAGGAUUUCGUGCGUGCGGUUUGUGAAGAAAAAAUCAGGUUGAUGGUCUCGGGCUCGGCCGCCCUGCCCCUGCCUGUGCUGGAGAAGUGGAAGGGCAUCACCGGCCACACUCUGCUGGAGAGGUACGGGAUGACGGAGAUCGGCAUGGCCCUGUCCAACCCCCUGACCGCAGCUCGCCUGCCAGGCUCUGUGGGGACCCCGCUGCCCGGCGUCGAGGUGCGCAUUGUGUCAGAAAACCUGCAGAAGGACGGCUACCCCUACGUUGUCCACGCGGAGGGAAAUGAGGAGGACACCAAGGUGACCCCAGGGUUUGAAGAGAAGGAGGGGGAGCUCCUGGUCAGGGGGCCCUCUGUGUUCCGGGAAUACUGGGACAAGCCGGAGGAAACAAAAACCGCCUUCACCUCGGACGGCUGGUUCAAAACAGGUGACACGGCCGUGUUCAAGGACGGCAACUACUGGAUCCGCGGCCGCACGUCCGUGGACAUUAUCAAGAGUGGCGGCUACAAGGUCAGCGCCCUGGAGGUGGAGCGGCUCCUGCUGGCCCAUCCCAGCAUCACGGACGUGGCUGUGAUCGGAGUUCCAGAUGUGACGUGGGGCCAGCGGGUCACCGCAGUGGUGACCCUUCAAGAGGGACACUCGCUGUCUCACAGGGAGCUCAAAGAGUGGGCCAGUGGUGUCCUGGCCCCGUACGCGGUGCCCUCGGAACUCCUGCUGGUGGAGGAGAUCCCGCGGAACCAGAUGGGGAAGGUCAACAAGCAAGACCUCGUCCGGCAGCUCUACCCGCGCGACUGGGCUGCCCCCGAGACUGGGCGCCAGUGAGCCGGCUUCCCGCCUGGCCACGCCUGACCGGAAGGAAACCGCCUCGUGCCCUCUGUCCCGGCCUCGUGGCCACGGCGCACCGCACAGCUCCAUGUGCUCUGCAGUCCCCGCCUCCCAGGUCCCCGCGGGUCUGGAGGUGUCACCGGGGAAGCAGGUCUCCCUGGAGACUCAAUAAAGGCUCCACAGAGAAGCA